AUGCAGAAUCCUUCGCAAGGAGUCGCACAACAACUCCAACCACACGUGCACUUGAUCUCGCUCCACCGAUUCCCCCUCAUAGCCUCCCUCAAUGUCGAACAAGCCUUCCGCUACCUUCUCGAUGCGCCCUCAAUCGUCAAGCAAAUCGCGCCCAUGUCAUGGAACUAUGUCUCAGCACCGCAAGAUGGAACCGUGUGGCUGGAAUGGAUACCUCUCGAAAAGACGGAUCAACCUUUCCCCUCCGAUGGCUACGCUUGGGGAGAUCCUGAGCAGACAUACAGACAAGAGUUCAGUGGAUAUACAAUCGAGUGGAGAUCGCAUCAAGUCGGGUACAGACCUGGCCACGACCAGGUGGCAUCGCACGCUCGGACACGCUACCACUUCAUCUCGAAGAACCCCUCUGUGAACGCACCACCACCAGAUCCAUCACUCUGGAUCGUCCACUAUCACGCAGCAGAUCCUAACCGCGUAAUGCCUGCCAGCUCGGUGCCCGUGUCUGGUCAGAUGCGCCAGACGAUCGCGUUCAGGACAUGGCUCGAAAGUCAGGGAAGAUUGGAGCGGAGAGACUUCAUGUUGCACGAUCGUGAGCACUGGCCGACGCUUAACAUUCCGGGCCAGAUGCAGCAACCAGGACAGUACAAUGCCCUGCAGAAUCGAUACCCACAACAACACUAUCCGCAGCAGGGAGGCGGGCCUCCAGCGGCGAAGAAGGCAAGAACAUCAGGUCCGAGCAUAUCAAUGCCUGGCUCCAGCGAUGGCCAACACGAUUCGACCAUCGAAAUGGAAGAGGAUACGGCGCUUGGUGACUUCUUCGACCAUCUCACUCAACGCGAUAUCAGCUUAGCCCGCUACAUGCAGCAUCAUCGCUGGAUGGAGGAGGUAUUCUCAUCACCAUACGCUUCCAGCCAGAUAGUACCGCCGGACCUUGGUAUGGGCUUGAUGGGUGAGCUCAAAGGCUUGACAGAUGGUAUCCUGGAACCACCCAACAUGGACUUCAUGGACCGCGCAGACAGCAAACCACCCAAGGCGAAGGAGGCGGCGCCAUUCACCAACCUCAAGAAAGAGCAAGUCGAAGAGUUCGGCAAGCGUGUGCAGAAGCAUCUGGAAGAAGGACAGGCGGAGAUUGAGCGGAUGAAAGCUGAGCAUGCGGCCAAGAUGCAGGAUUGGAAGAAGGUCAAGUCACUCAUGCAAGCCGAAAAGCGGUUGCGAUAUGCGACUUGGGAAGGCCAUGAAGAUGCUGUGCCCGCAUAUCGCCUGGAAGAACCUAUCACCAAUGGACAUGGUGAAGAAGUCUCGGGCAAGGAAACUGUGGACAAUGUGGUGAAGGAGGUUGAAGAGUUGCUGAAGGUCAAGAUCACCGGACGAGAAGACGCGAACAGGGUGGCCAGGGGUGGACUGAGAGAUCGCAAGCCGCCCGCGUUCGAUUACGAGCAGCAGAACAAUCAGCAAGAACUGACGCUCGAUGGCUUGAUCAACGACGACCCGGAGCCAUCAGAAACACCAGCACCUGCCGCGAACGGCUCCUUGAUGGAGUCGACCACGUUCCACGAAGAUCCCAUGGCCGUCACGCAGACGGCUGGUGAGCAGAAGUUGCCUUCCCAAGUACCUCAGUCCAUAUUCCAAUCAGACCUCAACCAAGGGACCCCAAAUGCCGCAUCUGAACAAAACGCCGCAGGAGAUGCUCUGGAUGAUCUACCGGGCAUGGACAUGAACGAUACGCUGAUGGAUGGCAUGGAUCUUGAUGUUGGCGAUUCAAACAUCGACUUCGGCGACGACAAUGCGGGAGGGCUUGACUCCCUGGGAGACAGCAUGACGCCGGCCCAACCAGAUGCGUCUGCUGCGGGCGGUCAAGCCACCCAACCUACAGAUGCCACCGCCACCGCUCAGAGUGCGGACAAUACCAAUCCAUCUGGUGGGAAUGAUCCAAGCCAGGCACAAACUCAAGCGCAGCCUUCGCAGACCACGACUCCAAAUGCCGACACUGGCGCAGUGACAGGGGAUAAUGGAUUGGGUGAUGACGCCGGCGACACGAGCAUGUUCAACGACACCUUUGACGAUCUCACAAACAUCGACGGCAACGGCGAUGAUGGCCUCAUCGAUUUUGAUGGUGGUGGUAUUGGCAUGGACGACAGUGCAUUUGGAGACGCUCUCCACGGCAUGGACGCCGCCGACGGCUCUGGAGAUGGUAACACACCAGCGACAGGUGGAUCUUAG